UAUAACAGUAAAAUUUUAAAUUAUUAAUUGAACAGCUAAAGAUUUUUCAAAAAGGAUUCACCAAAUUCAAAAAUGUACUCGCCAGUGAAUAAGACUAAAGCACAAAACGCGAAACUAAUGUCGAUUAAGAAACAAACAGCUAAGGAAAUUUCUAGUGCCGUAUUUGCCCAUAACGGUAUUUGUCUAACUACGGCACCGCAACCUAAAAUGAAGUAUCCUGACAAGAAGGAUAUAUUAAAACGUGCUCGUGGUAGGUAUGUUGAACUACGUAAAGAAACUAUUGCAGCUAAAUCACACCCAAUGAAGCAACCAACCGCAGAAGUAGUUUCAUCAAAUUAUUCGCUCAAUAAACGUAAUUCGGCUAUUGCUGCUAAGUUAUCGGAGAAGAGAAGACAACAAAUGCCUAAUCCUCCUCCAAUAGCUAAAAAUCUAAUGUUGCCUGCACCAACAUCACGUCAUCGUACUGCAUCACGUAACCAGUUGCCCAGCAGAGAUGCUCAACCGGUGCCGUAUCACUAUCCCUACGGGCACACGCUUCCUCAUUCACGUCAAUAUGCAGAACUUGUUGAAAAGGGUAUACAAACUAACAAAGCUGAAAUUUUAAAUCAUAGUUUAAUUGUUGGUGAAGUCAAGUAUAUUCUACCAUCAAGGAAUGUUGUUAUUGAAAUUGAAAGAGAUCGUAGGGAGGCAAAGAAGCGGGCACUACUUAAGGUGAAACGUAAAUUUGAAGAGCAUUCCGAAAAACAGGAACAACACCUUACUGAUUUAAAGGAUUUUCUGGAGAAGGCAUGCGUUACAAGGCGUACACGUAAACCUCGUGAAGCGCUAGAGAUGGAUAAAAAACUUAUGAAAUCAAUGGAUGAAUUCUUUGCCAAAGAAAUGCCCAAAGUUGAGUCCAUUACCAACAUUAAAGAACGUAUUAAACGCAAGGAGCUUGAGUUGCUGAAUCUUUUUGAUAAUGUUGAUACUUUCAAAAUAACCAGCGAUACCACUAAGGAUUAAAUACUUAUAUUUUAUUUUUGACUAACAUUUUUAUUUUAUUCGUAAUAUCGUUACAUUUUGGUAGAACAAAAUUCUUUAUAACGAGUAAAAUAAAUGUUCGUUUUAAAUAAUGAAAACCUGAUGGAUCAUAUAAACAAUAAAGGAAUCCGGAUAUUUAACAUACACGCAAUAAAAA